AUGAAACUGGUUGUGGAGGUUAUUAAUGCUCAUGAUCUUAUGCCCAAAGAUGGUGAAGGAUCAGCCAAUCCCUUUGUGGAAGUAGACUUUGAAAACCAGCUGAGCCGAACCAGAACUGUCCCAAAGAACCUCAACCCCACUUGGAAUCAGAAACUAGUCUUCCAUUUAGAUGCAACCAAACCUUACCAUCGCCAAACUAUUGAAGUCUCAGUCUACAGCGAGAGGAGAGUCACUCCUGGCAGAAACUUCCUUGGAAGGGUAAGGAUUCCUUGCUCUAACAUUGUCAAGCAAGGUGAGGAAGUGUAUCAGAUUUUCCCUCUUGAAAAAAAGUGGUUUCUCUCAUCUGUUAAGGGUGAGAUUGGCCUCAAAAUAUACAUUGCAUCAGACUCCAACUCCAACUCCAACAUCAAACCAAAACCUUUUUCUCCUAUUUUCCCUUCAGAACAAGAAAAUCUCCCACCUUCCACUCCUCCCCAAGAAUCCUCUCCUUCUAACAAAGACACAACACUAGAAGCUGGUCCCAGUGAAGAGGUUCCUGCAUUUGACACCCCUAAAGCAAGCACAGAAGAAGCAGAAGUGUAUUCUGUUGCAGUGCCAGAUUGCUCCACCACAGAAGCCCGGUCUAGCGGCAUUGAUAUUGAUCAAGAGCCACAGAAAGAAAGCAGAGAACCUGUUCUAGAGACAGUUCAACAACUAGACAAGCACCAAGUUCUCCAGCCACAAAUGAUUUCAAUAAAGAGAAGACCACAAGGUACUCCAAUCACCAUGCACUCGGUUGAUCCUCAAUCCCAAUCUAGCUAUCAUGAAAACUAUAACCACAAUGACACCAACUCACAGCCAAGGAUUUCAAUAAAGAGAAGACCACAAACACAAGGUACUCCUUUCACAAUGCACUCAGUUGAUCCACAAGUCCAACCAAGCCAUGGUGAAAGCUACAAUCACAAUGACACCAACAUGCAGCCAAGGAUUUCAAUUAAGCGACGACCGCGAGCACAAGGUACUCCAUCACCAAUGCACUCCAUUAAUCCACAAGUCCAUGCUAGCCAUAAUGAUAGCUACAACCUCAUGGGAACCAGGCCACAACAGCCAAGGCUUUUAGUAGAGAGACAACCACAGAUCAAUACUUCACUCACCAUGCACCGAGUAAACCCCCAAGUCCAAACUAGCAAUGAUGAAAACUACAAUCUCAGUGACACCAAUUCACCUCUUGGUGAGCAGUGGCCUAAUGGUGGAGCUUAUGGUAGAAGAGGGUGGCUGAGUGGUAGUGACAGAUUCACCAGCACAUAUGACCUUGUUGAGCAGAUGUUUUAUCUGUAUGUUCGCAUUGUGAAGGCAAAAGAUCUUCCCCCAAGCACCCUCACUUCAAGUUGUGAUCCUUAUGUGGAAGUGAAGUUGGGGAACUACAAAGGAAGAACAAAGCACUUUGAGAAGAAAUUGAACCCAGAGUGGAACCAAGUAUUUGCUUUCUCCAAAGACCGCAUUCAGUCUUCUGUUCUAGAAGUCUUUGUGAAAGAUAAAGCAAUGAUUGGCAGAGAUGACUACCUUGGAAGGGUGGUUUUUGACCUCAAUGAGGUUCCAACCAGAGUUCCACCAGAUAGUCCACUAGCUCCUCAGUGGUACCGACUUGAGGACUGGCGCGAAGAAGGCAAGUUGAGGGGAGACAUCAUGCUUGCAGUUUGGAUGGGAACACAAGCUGAUGAGGCUUUCUCAGAUGCUUGGCAUUCCGAUGCUGCCACUGUCUAUGGAGAGGGUGUUUUCAACAUCAGAUCAAAGGUUUACAUGUCACCAAAACUGUGGUAUCUCAAGGUGAAUGUAAUUGAGGCUCAAGAUGUGAUCCCUAGUGAAAGAAAUCGCCUACCAGAGGUUUUUGUGAAAGCUCAAGUAGGCUGUCAGGUGCUAACAACCAAGAUAUGCCCCACUAGAACAACCACCCCAUUCUGGAAUGAAGAUUUGGUUUUUGUAGCCUCUGAGCCAUUUGAGGAGCAGUUGACAGUUACUGUGGAGGAUCGCGUGCACCCUUCAAAGGAUGAAGUACUUGGGAAGAUAAGCCUACCAAUGACCCUCUUUGAGAAGAGGUUGGACCACAGGCCAGUUCAUUCUCGUUGGUUCAAUCUUGAGAGAUUCGGUUUUGGAAUGCUAGAAGGCGAUAGAAGAAAUGAGCUUAAAUUUUCCAGCAGGAUUCACAUGAGAGUCUCCCUUGAAGGUGGAUACCAUGUCCUAGAUGAGUCCACAUUGUACACUAGUGAUCAAAGACCAACAGCAAGACAACUAUGGAAGCAACCUAUUGGGAUACUUGAAGUAGGCAUCUUAGGAGCACAGGGGCUUCUCCCAAUGAAGAUGAGAGAUGGCCGAGGAAGCACUGAUGCAUACUGUGUUGCCAAGUAUGGUCAGAAAUGGGUCCGAACUCGAACACUUUUGGACACUUUCAGUCCUAAAUGGAAUGAGCAAUACACAUGGGAGGUUUAUGAUCCUUGCACUGUGAUAACAUUGGGAGUUUUUGACAACUGCCAUCUUGGUGGAGGAGAAAAUGGAAGUGCUGCUCGAGAUUCACGAAUUGGAAAGGUAAGGAUUCGGUUAUCAACACUUGAAGCCAAUAGAAUCUACACCAAUUCUCACCCUCUACUUGUUUUACACCCACAUGGUGUUAAGAAGAUGGGGGAGCUUCAGUUAGCAGUGAGGUUCACUGCACUCUCAUUAGCUAAUAUGGUUCACAUCUAUGGCCAACCCUUGCUCCCCAAGAUGCAUUACUUGCAUCCUUUCACAGUUAACCAAAUAGACAACUUAAGAUACCAAGCCAUGAACACUGUGGCAGCGAGGCUAGGCCGAGCUGAACCGCCUCUGAGGAAAGAGGUGGUGGAGUACAUGCUGGAUGUUGAUUCCCAUAUGUGGAGCAUGAGAAGAAGCAAGGCUAACUUCUUUCGCAUCAUGUCACUUUUCUCUGGUGUGAUGACACUGGGAAGAUGGUUGAAUGAUGUUUGCCAUUGGAAGAACCAUGUUACAUCAGUCCUAGUUCACAUUCUUUUCCUGAUACUAAUAUGGUACCCAGAACUAAUACUGCCAACUGUGUUUCUCUACAUGUUCUUGAUUGGUCUUUGGAACUACAGGUUCAGGCCUAGGCACCCACCUCACAUGGACACCAAAUUGUCAUGGGCUGAAGCCGUGCACCCUGACGAACUUGACGAAGAGUUUGACACAUUCCCCACUUCUAGAACGCAGGAUGUAGUGCGAAUGAGGUAUGACAGGCUUAGGACUGUGGCAGGUAGGAUUCAAACAGUUGUUGGGGACAUAGCUACACAAGGGGAGAGGUUUCAGUCUCUAUUGAGCUGGAGAGACCCCAGAGCAACCAGCCUCUUUGUGGUGUUCAGCUUUUGUGCAGCUGUGGUUCUCUAUGCAACACCAUUCAAAGUGGUGGCUCUGGUCACAGGCUUAUACUUCUUGCGACAUCCGAGGUUUAGGAGCAAGAUGCCUUCUGUCCCAAGUAAUUUCUUCAAGAGGCUCCCAGCAAGAACAGAUAGUUUACUGUGAUCUUGUUUUGCUUAGAAGAGAUAGUUUGUUAUACUUAUACAUAUAGUUACUGUUUGCAGUGUAUCCAUUUCCUGCUUUAAUAUCCUUGUUACUUCAAAAUAAUAUAGUCCCUUCAAGCUCCAUUUCCUCAGAA